AUGUCUAGCGGAUGGAUCCACCACUCGGUGUAUGCCAUCCUGUGUGUUUUGUGGAUUCGCAACCGCUGGUCGCACUGCUUUGAUGCUGCGGCCAUCAUGGAGAUUCCGACGUGGAUUAUGGGUAUCGGUGUACUGAACCCCAAGCUGCGCUCUUACUGGGCUUUCACGCUUUCCUUCCUGUUCACGCGUGUCGCAUUGCACUUGCUAAUGUUGUACUCUUUGGUGAUUCCGUCGGGCAGGUGGGUCGACCAAGGGCGGCCGAGCUGGUGGCCGUUCGUGUUUGCCUCGGGUGCGCUUCCGAUGCAUCUCGUGUGGGCGUACAAGAGUGUUCGCGGCCUACGCAAGCGUAUGAUCAAGCUUGCCGCCGAAAAGAAGCAGCGCGAGCUCGAACGCCAGUCGGUCAUCGACGAGGCGACCAAGCUACUCGACAGUGCCGACGAGCUCGAAGAGCGCGAUGCGCUUCGUUCGCUCGGCGCGGAUAUCUCGCAGACGGAGCGCAAGGCCCGCGCGCGUCGCCUUGUAUCCAACGCGGUGUACAAGCUGUGGUACAGUGCACCGCAGGCGUGGCGCAAGGCGUACAUGGACGAACUUGACUACUGCAAGCAGCAAGGACUCGACGUGUCUAAUAUCCGCCGCAGUACGCUCGUGCGUCGUGCGCUGGGCCGCCAGCUCCUGCAGGGCAACAAGCGCGGCCACAACCUUCCUCCCGUGAACGAGGACGACGAAGACGAUCUCGAGGACUGGAUGUCGGUUACAUCCAUGUCUGGACCUGCUCCGGAACAACGCCAAAUUCCCAAGGGCGGACGCAGAGUGUCUCUGGGCAAGGGCAUCAACAUCAACAUGCCCCGCGAGCUCGACCCGAUUUUCAACGGCCAAAACUACAUCGUCAGCGAGUUCCCUGUGGACCAAGAAGCCAGUGGCACUCGCCGUCAGCGCCUGAUGGGCCAGAUGCGCAGGCGCUUUGAGAUAGCACGCCGUGACAUGGUGGUGUUCUGA